AUAAAAAACUAGAGGUGGUAUGAGUGGUGGUCGAAACCACCUCUUCUAUAAAAUAGAAAAGAUAUAGAAGAUACUCCCAUAGCAAUGAAAAGUCCAGGAGAAGCAAGAGUUGAAUAGGCACAAAAGAAGAAACAGCCAAACCAAAUAGGUUUUGACUGGACAUAUUGGGUUCUUUUCAUCAAGUAACACUAGUGUAUAGAAUUACAGUUGAAGAAAGAGGGAUGGCACACUCCAUUGAGAUAGAAGAAAGGAGGGAAGCGGAUCAUUUAAGUGGGAUAAAUGAAAAAAAUGGACAAGAUUCAUCAGGAUCACAACCAAGGGAAAUUGUUAAUCGAAUCUCUGGAAUGUUUAAGGGUUUGGAUAACUCGUCUCUUAAAUCGUGUACGAUAUUCAAAGUAAAUGUGGGGCUACGUGAAUCAAAUCCAGGUGCUUAUACACCAAAGAUGGUUUCUAUAGGUCCUUACCAUAGGAAAAAUCCUAAGCUUCGUCCAAUGGAAAAGUACAAAGUAUUAUACCUACAAAGGUUUCUUAAACGACAAGAGGGGCUUGAUCUGGAAAGUUGCAUCAAUGAAUUGGAGGAAUUGAAGGAGGAAGCACUAAAAUGUUAUGAUGAUAUAGAAGACCUCAAGAAAGACACGAGUCACACUGAUCAAUUCUUGCAAAUGUUAUUGCUUGAUGGUUGUUUUGUGGUUGAGUUUAUUCGAGAGCUACAUGAAGUGUAUCCUCCAGAAGAAGAAAAAAUUAUCGAUACUAGUAUUGGUUGCAUACAAGUGAAUCGAGACUUGGUGUUACUAGAGAAUCAACUUCCCUUCUUUAUCCUCGACAAGCUUCAUCACAUGACAAAGCAUGAUAAAGAAUUACCAUUCGCAAUAAUGGCGAAAUAUUGCUUUCCUAUUAACUUGCCAAAAGGGACUGAUGAAGCACUUCUAGAGAUACAUAACAAUGCUAAUGCUGGAAAUAUCAAACAUUUACUUCAUCUAAUACACAUGUCAUGGCAGGGGGAUCCUAACACAGAUCCUUUGGAAAUAAUUAGGUCAGAGUCGAAUCAUAAGGGCAAUAAGGUCAUGUCAAAUGCAACAGAGCUUUCUGAAGCUGGGAUUAGCUUCAAAAGCUUCGGAAAUAUAUAUAGAUCGUAUGAAGAAGAUGAUAUUGGGGAUACAAGUUUAUUUGAUAUAAAGUACGAGAAUGGACUGUUGAAAAUCCCUCGUCUUCAAGUAGUUGAUAGUACUGAGUCAAAUCUGAGAAAUCUCAUUGCUUUUGAGCAACAAUCUAAUGUGCCUCAUAAAUAUUUUAGUGAUUUUGCAAUUUUUAUGGAUCAUCUUAUCGACUCAGAAAAAGAUGUGAGUUUGCUUCGCCAGAAAGGAAUCAUUGUGAACAGGAUAGGAGAAGACAAAGAAGUGACUAGAAUCUUUAACAAAAUUGGAAAAGGGGUCUAUGUUCCCGACGACUUCUUUACCAAUAAUGAAGAAUACAGAAAAAUAAUUCAACAUUGUGAAAAAACUUCGAACAAAAUGAAGGCAAGUUUGGUGCGGAAUUAUUUUAGCAGUCCUUGGGUAGGAGCUUCAACUGUGGCAGCCAUCGUUCUCCUCUUACUCACAGCUAUACAAACUGUUCUAGCUUUCACAGGCGGAGUUAAAUAAGUGAUAGUUGUGUUAAUGAUUGUUUGAAUGUCUAGUGUUUCCUCAUAACUCCUUGCGUGUAAUUGCAUGUGUUGAUGAGCUAGUUUUUCAUUUAUUCUAUUUUAACCCCUUCUGUAAUUGGUUUUGUUGUUAAGUGCUAAUAAUCGAUCUAUUUCAAGUAUCUAUUAGUCUUUUGGGGUCAUUAA